UGUUGUAAAAGGGCAAGCAAACAAUGGUUGCCCAGCUGUCAAGGCGGGUGCUGUGGAGUCCUGAGGGGCAGAACCCCGUCACCGCUUACGGGACACGAGCCGCAACACCACGCCGCCUAGACUUCCGUGAUAGUUUGUUCUUUCAGUUGACAAGAUGGUGGUGUUCGCGCUGUUCAUAAUCAGCAAGUCUGGCGGCCUCAUCUACAAUCGAGAGUUCCACACGGGCAUGAGCAAGCUUACUAGCAAUGACUACCUCAUGCUUGCUGGAUCGUUUCAUGGAAUGCAUGCCAUAACAGCGCAGCUCUCUCCAGUCCCACCUGUCCGCGCGCCUCCUCCGUCCACCGCGACUCCCAACCUCCAGACAUUCCCUGUCCGCGCAACUGGUAUCGAAGUCCUGGAAAGCUCUCACUUCCGUAUUCAAUGUUUCCAAACGCAAACCGGUGUCAAAUUCCUCCUCUUCACAGAGCCCCAGCAACCGAACGUAGACACGAUGAUGAAGAAGAUAUAUGAACUAUACGCAGACUACGUCAUGAAGAACCCGUUCUACACUGUGGAGAUGCCGGUCCGGUGCGAGAAAUUCGAUCGAGGGCUGGAUGGUUUUGUAAAGGUCAGGGGAUGAGCAAGAGUUCACAAGAAAUAUGAUACCAUGAAAAGGAGAGCAAAGACAGAAAGCAGAGCAACGUACAGGGCAGCAUGGAAAGCAUCCUGUUGCGACAUGUGUUAUAAGAGUGCCACAAAUCGGAAGCACUAUCGGUGAACUCGUUGCAUAGCUCCAGAGCCUUACUGCUGAGUCUGAAGCAUGCACGAUGGCUUCAGAGGUUUCAAUAGAGAGGCGUAGCCACC